GGAAUUGAGGGGGGCAAUGAAGGGGGGCAGCUGGGAAGCAACUGGACUGGUUCUGUUGGCGGUUUGGGCACAGGUUGUUGUUUGGGCCAAUCACGGUGAUGCAGUGUUCAUCCGAGAGUUCACCCUCAUUCGCAGAGACAACCUCUCAGAGGCGCCGCUCCAUGAUGCGAGCCAAAAACCCGAAGACUCGAGCUCACGAACAGCCCGCUCGGAAGAGGACCGAGACACUCUUUGGGACGCCUGGGGCUCGUGGAGCGAGUGUUCCCGCACCUGCGGAGGAGGAGCGUCCUAUUCCCUGAGACGAUGCCUCAAUUCCAAGACAUGUGAAGGGCAGAAUAUCAAAUAUCGCACAUGCAGUAAUGUGGAAUGCCCUGCGGACAUGGGAGACUUCCGGGCUCAGCAGUGUUCAGCCCACGCCGAUGUCCGCUACCAGGGCCGCUAUCACGACUGGCUGCCCCUCUACAACGACCCAGACAACCCCUGCACCCUCAAGUGCAAAGCCGAGGGCUCGUCGGGCGUGGUGGUUGAGUUGGCGCCCAAGGUUCUAGACGGGACGCGGUGCUACACGGAGUCACUGGACAUGUGCAUCAGCGGAGCGUGCCAGAUCGUCGGCUGCGACCACGAAUUGGGAAGCGCGGCCAAAGAAGACAACUGUGGCGUGUGCAGUGGAGACGGCUCCUCCUGCCGGCUUGUGCGCGGACACUACAAAUACCAGCAUGCCUCAGGAAAAACCGAGGACACUGUGGUGGUGAUCCCCUAUCAGAGUCGACACGUACGUCUUGUCCUCAAAGGCCCGGAUCACUUGUAUGUGGGGAGCAAGACUCUGCAAGGGGUGAAAGGCCAACUUGUCCUUAAUAAAUCAGGGCAGUACCACCUGGAAAAUACCACCUUGGAUUACCAGAAACUCGCCGACAAAGAAGUCCUGAGAAUUCCUGGGCCGCUUUGGGCUGAUUUCACCAUCCAGGUCCAGUUUGGAAGUGGAGCAGACAGCGUCAUCCAGUACAUCUUCUACCAGCCUAUUAUCCACCGCUGGAGGGAGACGGACUUCUUCCCUUGCUCUGUCACAUGUGGAGGAGGAUACCAGCUGACGUCUGCUGAGUGCUUUGACAUUCGCAGUGGCCGUGUGGUUGUGGACCAGUACUGCCAUUACUACCCGGAGAACAUCAAGCCCAAACCUAAAUUGGAGGAAUGCAACAUGGAGCCUUGUCUUGCCAAUGAUGGCUACAAGGAGAUUAUGCCUUAUGACCUCUACCACCCCUUGCCUAGGUGGGAAAGCAGCCCCUGGACAGCCUGCUCCACUUCCUGCGGCGGCGGAGGCAUCCAGAGCCGCUCUGUCUCCUGUGUGGAGGAGGACAUGCAAGGCACCAUCACACCGACCGAGGAGUGGAAGUGUCUCUACGCCCCUAAGACGGCCAUUUUGCAGCCAUGCAACGCCUUCGACUGCCCCACCUGGCUGGCCCAGGAGUGGUCUCCCUGCACAGUGACAUGUGGUCAGGGUCUGCGCUACAGGGUGGUGCUCUGCAUUGACCACAGAGGGCUCCAUGCUGGAGGAUGCAACCCCACCACCAAGCCCCACAUUAAAGAGGAGUGCCUGGUCACAGUGCCCUGCUACAAGGCUAUUGAUACACUACCUGUUGAGGCCAAACCUUUGUGGCACAAGCAGGCCAUCGAGCUCGAAGAGGAGAUGGUCGUAACCGAGGAGCCCAACUUCAUCCCAGCUCCAUGGCAGCCAUGCAGCAGGACGUGCGGUAUCGGCAUUCGACGCCGCGCCGUCAAGUGUCAGGUCUUGCUGUCCUUCUCCCAGACGGUCGCCGAGCUCCCUGAUGACGAGUGCGACGGCAUCAAACCCCCAGAAAGCCAACCUUGCAACCGUACUCCAUGCCAUAAGCCAAACGGUGGCGAUGAUGUAGAUGAGGAGGACAUGGAGAUGGAGGAGAUGGUCCAAGGAGAGGAGCUGUAUGAGUGGGAAUAUGACGGCUUCACCGAGUGCUCCGAGAGCUGUGGAGGAGGUGUGCAGGAGGCAGUGGUCAUCUGUCUGAACAAGCAGACCAGGGAGGCAGCUUUAAACCAGAGCUUGUGUGUGAGCGCCCGCAGACCCCCGCCACUUCUUCAGGACUGCAAAACACAGCCUUGCCCCCCCAGGUGGGAAACAGGCCAGUGGAGCUCAUGUUCCGCUUCCUGCGGUGUUGGCCUGAUGUCCCGCACUGUGGCAUGUACUCACCAGCCCUCGCGGGACAGCAACCGCACUGAGGUUUUGAGGGAUGACAAGUGCCACGACCCUAAACCAAGGCCCGCCCAAGCCUGCAACCGCUUUGACUGCCCUCCCAUGUGGGAGGCACAGAACUGGGGCCAGUGCUCCGGUAACUGUGGUGAUGGACUUCAGAGGAGGCUUGUCCUGUGCAAACAGCGCUUGGCAGACGGUAGCAUCCUGGAGCUGCCAGACACUUUCUGCCCUAUCAAAAGCCCAGCCAACCAGCGAGCGUGCACUGAGCAGCCAUGUCCACCUCAGUGGGUCACCAGCUGGUCCCAGUGUUCAGUGACAUGUGGAAAUGGUAUACAAAGGCUGGAGGCUGUCUGCAGGAAACAAGGCGAGGAUGGACGACAUCAGACUAUCGAUUCAAACAACUGUGCCUCUGAGGCGCGACCAACCAGGGUCCGCCCUUGUUCUCUCAGGCUUUGCAAAAAUUUCCUGAAGCCUGGCCCCGCUAUACUGGCCCAGAGGAAUGUUUAUAUCCAAUGGAGGAAGAGCAAAAAGGUCAACUUAGUUGUCGGUAGUAGAGCAUAUCUUCUCCCCUGGACCACUGUUGUACUUCGUUGUCCCACCCGCCAUAUCCGUAAGGGAAACAUAAGAUGGUUGAAGGAAGGGAAGCCUCUGCUAAGUCUCCCACACCUGUCUGUUACCUCUGUGGGAUUAGUGAAGAUACAGAAAGUUGGAGUAUCUGAUGCUGGGACAUAUACAUGUGUGGCAGGCCAAGCUCAGGCACAUUUAGUCCUUCAGAUCAUUGGCAACAAGCAGAAGGGGUCCAUUAUAGAGGACAUCAACCCUUAUGACCGUUUUGUUGAGCGUUUGCUCCAAGUCAAAUCUGCCUCUGAAGACGAUCUUUCCAUUCCGAAUGUUCUCAUUCUCAAUAGCCAGAAGCUGGAAGACAACCUGAGAGGCAAACAAGAAGAGCAACUCAUUGCUCAGUUAGUCAGUCAGCUGCCCCACGAUAAAACCAAUGAUUCUACUCUAUACCACCCGGAAAGUCUGCUGGUUCCCCUUCUUCGAAAACCACACUCGACCAGAUUCAGAAUCCCUGUAAUCAUUCAGAAGCCCAGGAAAGUUGGAUCCGUGUCCUCCUCCGAAGUUGUAGUCCACGUUGGAUCUCCUGUUUUGCUUGGGAAGCCUGUUUCCACUUUGGAAAUAAAGUGUGAGACUCUUGGGCACCCGGAACCUUUCCUGAGUUGGACGAAACAUGGUAAACAGCUGCACUACAACAGCAGAAUAAACCUGUUACCCACUGGCUCGCUUAUGAUCCAGUCUCCGAACCAGGAGGACGAGGGACUGUACACCUGUACUGCCAGGAACCGCCUAGGAUCAUCGUCGCUUUCAUCUUGGUUGCAGGUAACAGGAAGCAAAGGAAGAAACUGUGUCCAAGGCGUUUGCUCUGAUAGGAGCAACGAGUCUCUCUGCAGUGGGCAAGACUGUUCCCUCAGGUGGCGUGUGGAUACAUGGGAGCCUUGUUCAGCCAGCUGUGCUGGAGGUUCCCAGACCAGACGUAUCCGCUGCGUUCGGGGUCCUGAGGACGGAUGGAAGGACGUAGAGGGCCACCAUUGCCUUGGUGUAGGACGGAGACCUCCUGACACCAGAAUAUGCAACAUUCUUCCCUGCGCCGAUUGGGCAACAACUGCAUGGGGGCUGUGUAACAGUCAAUGUGUGGGUCCCGGUUUGGCUACACAGCACCGCCAUGUCUUCUGUCAAGGCACAAAUGGCACCAAAGUGGCCAACAGGCUGUGUAGUGGUCUUCAACGGCCGAGCUCAACCACAAACUGCUCCGUAGAAGCCUGCCUCCUCCAGUGGCGAGUCGGGCCCUGGACACAGUGCACCGCCACUUGCGGGCGACACGGCUUCCAGUCGCGCCGGGUCGUCUGCACGCACCGAGCAACCGGAAGGCCGACUCGGGAGCAUCACUGCAUGUGGAAGCCUCGUCCUCCCAGCUGGCAGCGCUGUAAUCUCACCUCCUGUGGCAGAGCCGGAGAGUGCAGAGACAGCACCAGGUACUGCGAGAAGGUUCGACAGCUGGAGCUCUGCACGCUGCCUCAGUUUAAAAGUCGCUGCUGUCACUCAUGCCUGAACACCUGAGUGAUGCGGGAGACGCGAGGAUGUUAGACAUUCCUGCUUAGUGGACGCUGAGAAGGUCCAUGGAGGACCUUUCAUAUCUGAACCCAUGCAUGAACUACUGGAAAUGUGCCUAAUGCAUAUUUGGGUAGGCCAUACACUCCAGUCUGAGGGCAAAUAUUUUAUCGACAUUAUCAGUCCAUUCACACACAAUAUCAAUUUAGUAAGAAAAGCUUAUUACCUGGUUUAGAACGCAGCCUCUUGGACCCUGUAAGGCCACCGAAUGUCUAACGAGUGCUAUCAGUUGCACAACCACAUGCAGUUUAUCACGUUGUGCAUUUUUCUGCCCAUUAUCAGAAUCAGAACCAGAAACACUUUAAUAAUCCCCCGAAGGGAAAUUAAGAUUUUCAGCACAAUCCCAUUCAAACAUUACAGGGAGACAGAACAGGAUCGCUGACGGGUCUGCCAACUUCCGGCGCCCCUUACAAAAAAGGUGAGAGACAGGGAAAUGCUGGGGAGGAGGGGUGAGAAGAAGAAAACAUUCAGUCUAAGCCUGAGGCCAAGGGGGGAAAAAAACUCAUAGCCAUAGCACACAUAAACAUGCGUAUAAGAGGGAAACAUCAAUCAUCAAUCAAUCAAUGUUUAUUUAUAUAGCCCUAAAUCACAAGUGUCUCAAAGGGCUGCACAAGCCACAACGACAUCCUCGGUACAGAGCCCACAUAAGGGCAAGGAAAAACUCACCCCAGUGGGACGUCGAUGUGAAUGACUAUGAGAAACCUUGGAGAGGACCGCAUAUGUGGGUAACCACCCACCCUCUAGGGGAGACCGAAUGCAAUGGAUGUUGAGUGGGUCUGACAUAAUAUUGUGAGAGUCCAGUCCAUAGUGGAUACAACAUAAUAGUAAGAGUCCAGUCCAUAGUGGGGCCAGCAGGACACCAUCCCGAGCGGAGACGGGUCAGCAGCGCAGAGAUGUUCCCAACCGAUGCACAGGCGAGCGGUCCACCCCGGGUCCCAACUCUGGACAGCCAGCACUUCAUCCAUGGCCACCGGACUUGUGCCCGCCCCCCACCCCCCACAAGGGAGAGGGGAGCAGAGGAGAAAAGAAAAGAAACGGCAGAUCAACUGGUCUAAAAGGGGGGUCUAUUUAAAGGCUAGAGUAUACAAAUUAGUUUUAAGAUGGGACUUAAAUGCUUCUACUGAGGUAGCAUCUCUAACUGUUAUCGGGAGGGCAUUCCAUAGUACUGGAGCCCGAAUAGAAAACGCUCUAUAGCCCGCAGACUUUUUUUGGGCUCUGGGAAUCACUAAUAAGCCGGAGUUCUUUGAACGCAGAUUUCUUGCCGGGACAUAUGGUACAAUACAAUCAACAAGAUAGGACGGAGCUAGACCGUGUAGUAUUUUAUACGUAAGUAGUAAAACCUUAAAGUCACAUCUUAAGUGCACAGGAAGCCAGUGCAGGUGAGCCAGUAUAGGCGUAAUAUGAUCAAACUUUCUUGUUCUUGUCAAAAGUCUAGCAGCCGCAUUUUGUACCAAUUGUAAUCUUUUAAUGCUAGACAUAGGGAGACCCGAAAAUAAUACGUUACAGUAGUCGAGACGAGACGUAACGAACGCAUGAAUAAUGAUCUCAGUGUCGCUAGUGGAUAAAAUAGAACGAAUUUUAGCGAUAUUACGGAGAUGAAAGAAGGCCGUUUUAGUACAUCAAACAUCAAAGAAGACAAAGGACAUUAAAGACAUUAAUGCAAACAGCCACUUCUACACACAGCCACAAAAGUAAAAUAACAAUAACAAAAAAAACAUAUACAGUCUGGUGGCCUCUGCGGUGUUCCACGCCAUCGUCUGCUGGGGUGGGGGGAGCAUGGCCAGAGACAGGAGCAGACCCAACAAAGCAACCAAGAGAGCCGAUUCCAACCUCGGCCGCCCGCCAACUCUCGACAAGUGUCCAGUCCGCAUGGAUGAGCGAGGAUACGUCAAAGUAGACCGAGGUGUCCGAUACCUCCUCAUUCAGCCAAUUCAGCCACUGUGAAGCUUGUCCAUCCCGGCGCUCAGCGCCAGCUGCGCAGCCCUCUUUCUUCAUCCGCAUCUCCUCCAGUCUCUCCAAACGGACUCUGGUGUGGCAGAGACCCAGCAGCUGGUCUCCAUGGCCAAAAGGCAGAUCCAGAAGUUCCCAAAAAAGCACCGCAGAAGUCACGAAAGUGCCAACCCUUGUCACACAGUCCCAAAGGGUCCUGAACCAAAAGGCAAAAAAAAAAAAAAAACAGACAAUGCAAUUACACAAUUACAACUACACACAAUAUCAAUUGGAUGAGUACAAACAAUGUUGCUUACCUGGCUUAAAACACAGCAUUUUUGGCACUUAAAGGCCAGAGUUGGCAUGUGAUUACAGUUGGACACUGUCAUGGACCGUUUUCUCCUUUUGCGUAAUCGUUGGCCCGUUCGCACACAAUAUAAAUUCAAUAUGCAAAUCGACAUCACUUUCUGACCAUGUAAGGCCGGUGAAAAUUCCCACUAGUGCUCGUCAAAGCUAACAACUGCUAAACUACAUGCUGUUUGUCCCCUUGUGCAUUUAUCUGUCUACUCACACACAAUGUCUGUUUGAUAGGGUACGCAAAGUCACUUGGCCUAAAAAUGCAGAGCUGUUUUAAACUAAGUUUGAGUUGGCAUAUGAUUGCAGUUAAAACAGUCAUUUUGCGCAGUUGUCGGUCCAUUCACACACAAUAUCAAUUUAAUAAGCCUUAAACACGGCCAUAUUAGUCUUGCAAGACCACCAUAUUUCCCGUCAGUUCUUGUCAAUACUAACAGUUGCACAACCAUACUGUAGGUUGCGUGUCUGUCCAUUCACACGUCAGUUUGAUGCCCUUGAAAGUCACCGUAUUUUUCUCUAAGAAAAAAAAAAUGAAAAAAAGAUCAUACCUAAGAGGAGUUGUUUGGCCGACAUUUGAACCUAGUCCUGCUGGGGUUGCACUAAUUAAGGAGGCGUACCUAUGAUGGGUAUUUAAAAAAGAAAAGACAAUUAUUUUGCACUCGGAAACUAAAGUCUUUGUUAAGAACGGGACUUUUGGUUAAGUUACAUUGAUAUUUGUUUCUUGGUUAUAUUUGUCUAUACGUCCAUAUUUAACCACUUUUUGAUGCUUUUGCACGUUUAGUCGCCUGGUAAUAAUGCCUAGCUGCAAUACUCCCCCUAAAAUUGGUCAUAUAUCAACUCAUUAAAGGAAAAAAAACAGGCCUAUUGAAGCAUUUCUAUUGUAUAAUUUAUUCCAGAUGGGCAACAUGUUAGACUACUUGGCUUUUUGUUUGUGUGCCUUAAGAGAAGAAAGCAACAUAUAAUGUACUCCUAUUGUGUAGAUAUGUAAUAUUGUCUUCAUUAUUUAUUUCUGUGUCUUUUGUGUAUAAUUUUGUAAAUAAAUACUUGGUUGGGUUUUUAAGUAUUUUUAGGUCCCUACAACUGAUUGUAUUUGUUGUAAAAAGCAGAGUACAUGCAGAGGGCUCCCUCAGCUGGCCAAACCCUUUUUUCAUUGAAAUAAAAAAGAAGCACAUUCCUUUUUAUAACGUGUUGUGUUUUCUUGUGAGACCACAAAACAUGUAAACGAAUAAGAUAACAAUGGCAGCAAUUUAGCUGUAAUUAUUUGAUAUUUGAGACCUCUUUAAACUGAAAGUGCAGUAUAGUUACACUUGAGGUACCACUGUCCCAAAACCAUAUGAAAUGCUUUUUUAAUUAAAAUUCUAUUUGUAUAAAAAA